AUGGCUCAGGCCGGCUGCACUGGGCCGACGUGCAAGUUCACGGGCAGCCAACGAGUAUCAAAUGUAGCAGAGGGCCGUUGCCCCAACACUGCUGGCUAUAUCUCCGACACAGAGAUUCAGGGAAUCAGUGACUACGGCAAGGUGAUGAAGCAGUGGACUGAUACCCGGUCUAAUACACUAGUCUAUAAUCAAGAGUGCGUUGCCGAUUUGGACGAAGAUAUCAAGGCAUCCCGGGCGAAGCUCUAUGUGUCUUAUAGUUUUGCUGGAAUAUCCGACUGGGCUGUGGAUUUGCAACAGUAUGUUGAUGGUCCCAGCGAAGACGAUGGUUACGACCCAGAUUUCUCCAAGAUCCCAUACUAUUGCAUGGACCAGUACAUUGUCGAUGUUGAAAUCAAUAUCAUGGACGAUGCGCUCGGCAGGUACAACGACCUGAUUGAUAACGGCUACGACGACAAGUUUAAGGUGUACACCGACGACUACUUCAAAGCCACCUGUCCAAACGUCUACAAGGACGGGUCGGAUGGCAUCGACUGGAUCAACACAAAGGUGCCCAACAAGGACCGGAUCAAGUUCGAUGAUAUCGACGUGAAAGUCUCGAACGGGUGUAAAUUCGCUGGUGAAGGCAUCAAGGAGUGUCAGAGGAUACAGGAUAAUUGGUUCCGGAACUAUCCGCAAGCCAGCGACAACUUCGAGGUUUUCAAUCCCAAGGAGGUGAUUGGCAGGUUGUACGACAAGUCCAAGAACCUCCUUCAGCGCCUCCAGCUACUCAAGGCCGCAGUGGAGAGCAUGGAAAAGGUCGUCGAAGAAGCUAAGAUUGCCAAGGCCGAGAGAGAGGCGAUGAUUGCCAACUUCCUCAGCGGAAUUCUCCUUUUCAUCCCCAUCGUCAGCGAAGUGGCAGCGGCGAGCAGUAUGACCGCGAUUCGAGCCGCGUUGCAGUGGUCGAGGCCGCUGGCGAGGCAGGACUGA